UAAUAUCUUUAUACACCCAUGGAGUAUUGUUUUGUUGCAUGACUAUGUUAAUUACACAUGUACUGCAAUUAGGCAACCAGGACAACACUGAUAAUAUGUUCUUGAUGACGUCGUCAAGUUCUGGAUGAUGUCAGCCAAUCACAGCUUAUAAAUUUAGCCGCGAACCAACUAAAAGUAUUACUGACGAUACAAGAAGAUCCAUCUCUGAGAUGGAGGCUCCAGACUGGGUUGAAUUAUUAAUGCGAGCUUUCUUCUGCUGCACGGGUAUCAUAGGGAACAGUUGGCUGGGUUUGCGCUCUCUGCCCAAAUCUGGAUCUCAGCUUCGGACCGGCGAUGUCCUCCUCGUUAACCUGGCCGUGUCCAAUCUGAUCACGAACUGUCUGGUGGACCUGCCGGAAACCGUGGCGCACUUCGCCAAAUCCUGGCUCACGAGUAAAGAGUACUGCAGCAUGACUCAGUUUUCCCACGAACUCUCGGAGACCAGCAGCAUCUUCUCCACUAUGUUCAUCAGCGUGUAUUGGCACCAGAAGCUGGUGGGCUCCAUCAGACGCGGAGGAGCUCCGGUGCAGAUGGAUAAUUUGAGGUUAGUCGGCGUAUUGCUCACUGGGAGCUGGAUCGUGUCGACUGCGUUCAGUCUCCCGCACGUCUUCAUCGCAGAGCACAAUGCGAACGAGAGUUCGGAGGUUUGCGAAGAACGUUUCGCAUCACCUGCAGCCAAGCAGACGUUUGAUGGUGUGUAUCUCACGCUGGCUAACGUCGUUCCAAUGAUCGGGAUAACUUACGCCACCGUUCAGAUCGUCUUAACGCUGCUUCGGAGUCAAAAACGAAUCAAGGAUCUCUCCAGGAAUGGAGCAAACCCUCAACCUUCAUCUGUAGACCAAAAACUGGAAGCAGAACACGGCAUUGAAGAAAGCUCUCCGAUCUCCGCAGAUGCUUCUAGAGCAGCUGCUCAACAGAAGACGCAGGUCAGAUCCAAUACGAGUAAUCAGGUUCGAGCAGCCAAAAGUGUUGCAGUCGCCACCAUCUUCAUCUUCUGCUGGUUCACUCACCUUGUGCUCCGCAUCUACAGCAGCUUCAGAAACUCCAUCCUCGCUGUCAAACUCACCAAUUUUAUAGGAGCAUCUUACGUGUGUUUCGUCCCGUAUGUCUAUUUGCACGGCGUGAAGAAACUCAACUGCUCUUGGCGGUAAGAACUGGUGAGUUUAGCAAGCGUGGUGCAUCCUGGGAAACCAUUGGUGCACACAGCUGACCGCACCAACAUAGCUUUAAAAGCUAAAAGAUUUGAGUGAUCGGCGUCUGUAUAAAGGCUUUAAACAUGUAGAUGUGGAAUAUAUAAGAGUGUAGAAUAUCUUGGGUGUAGCUAAGGGAAGAAAAUGAAAAUGAUUGUUCUCUUGUGCUUUGAUAAUUAUGACCAGACGU